GCCGCGCUCGCGGGUGCCGGCGGGGGGAGCCGGUCCCGCCGCUCCCGCCGCCGCCGCGCCCGCCUGCGCGCCGCCGCCGCCUGGGGCUAUGGCGGCGCUGGUGCUGGUGCUGCUGGCGGCGCUGGGCGGGCGGGCCGUGCUGCCGGGCGGGCGGUGCGCGGCGCCGCUGGCCGACCUGCGGUCGCAGAUCUCGGGCGUGGAGUCGCUGCUGGAGGAGUUUCGCCGGCAGCUGCAGCAGGAGGAGCCGGGACCGCCGGCGGCGGCGGCGGGCGGCGACGGCGGGGAGCAGUGCGGCGGCGGCAGCAGCUUCUCCUCCAGGCCCGACUCCAUCAUCCGCACCAAGGACUCCAUCGCGGCCGGCGCCACCUUCCUGCGGGCCCCCGCCGCCGUGGCGGGCUGGCGGCAGUGCCUGGACGCCUGCUGCGCCGAGCCGCGCUGCACGCUGGCCGUGGUGCAGGGGCCCGGCCGGCCGCGGGGCGCGGCGGCGGCGGAGCUGGGCUGCUACCUCUUCAACUGCACGCACCGCGGCCGCCCCGUCUGCCGCUUCGCCCCGCACCGCGGCUACAGCAGCUAUAGCCGUCGGCCCGCCGGCUUCGCCCCGCCGCCGCCCGCCGCGCCGCCGGGAGAAUACGAUGAGCCUCCACAGUGCAAGGCAGGACAAGAUAUUGUGCUGCAGUCACCUGUCGACUGGGUGCUUUUGGAUGGCCGAGAAAGUUUAGAUGACCAUGGGAUUGUGCAGUAUGAGUGGACGCUGCUGCAAGGCGACUCAUCGGUUGAAAUGAAGGUACCGCAACCAGGAACACUGAAACUGUCUCACAUUCAGGAAGGCGGGUAUAUUUUCCAGCUAACUGUGACAGACACUGCAGGUCAGCGGAGCUCUGACAACGUCUCUGUGACCAUCCUGCCCAUGGUUCAUUCUGCAGUAGCCUGUGUUGGGGUCUGCUCUCGCUACCAGUUUAUCUGCGAUGAUGGCUGCUGCAUUGACAUCACAUUUGCUUGUGAUGGCGUGAGGCAGUGCCCUGAUGGAUCGGAUGAAACCUUCUGCCAGAACUUCAGUCCAGGUCGGAAGACGGUAACACAUGCAGCUCUUGGCACUACCCAGCAAAGGACUGUUGGACUGACCGAAAACACUGAUGAAAACUCUGCAGAAAAGACCCUGAAAGCCACCGCCAGAAAUCAAUCACUUCUCUCCGUGGAUGCAGACAUGUCUAACCAGUCGCUUUCUCAGGGACCAAAGAAACAAACCAGUGGAUUUGUGCCAGAUAACAGUUCCUCAGGGAAAAGAACAGGUGAUCAAAACGGGAAUGGCAUAAUGGUGCCAAAGAGAGGUCAGCUUGGAGGUGGUCGUCCAGUCCCAGAAACAGGUGCUGUGUUACCCUUAGCCUUAGGCUUGGCCAUCACUGCUUUACUGCUGCUUAUGGUUGCUUGCAGACUGCGUUUAGUGAGACAGAAGCUUAAAAAAGCUCGACCCAUUACAUCCGAAGAGUCCGAUUAUCUCAUCAAUGGGAUGUAUCUAUAGAAGCUGGAUUUAGGUCAGUUGUUUUCUCCCCUUUCUCCUGUGUCCAUGAACCUCUGCCUCUAUAAAAAGACCAAAACCUUUAGUUAAGUGUCAAGUGUAGAAGAAGCCUACAAGAUGAGGAACAUGUUCUUCCCCUUCAGUGAUAAACAAGCGGGUAGAUGCCCGUGCUCAGAAAAAUAGAUGUGUUCACACUCCAGAGAGUAGCUCCAGUCGGCUAUUGCACAGAAGACACUGCAAGAUGGGGAAACCCCAACCUGGCUGUGGGGUGCCCUUGUCCUCCCCACAGCAGUCAGGGCCCCAGCCGCAGCAGAGUGCGCCCCAGGGCCAGGCACUAAAGCAGCCAAGGCCCAGCAGCCCCGGCUGGCCGUGCUGGCCAAGGCGCAGAGGGAAGCCUGUGCCACCCUGCUCUUAGUGCUGCCACUGCUGUGCUCCACUCUGGGGACCAGGACGCUCCAGACCAAUGCGUUACUUCACUGUCCAGCAGAGACUGAUUUGUGUACUUUCCACCUGAUGCACUGGGAGUAUUUCCAUUAAAGAAUUUGUCUUGCUUUGUUAAUUAAAAGCGAUUGCUAUCUAAGCACCAGCUUUUGUAAUGAAAUUUGGGAUUUAAGGGACAAAGCAUCUUUUUUUUUUCAUUCGUAGUUUAAACCUCUGUGCAGCUAACACAGAGUCAUGCUUACUAAAUGCUAAAAUGAAAAAAUACAAGCCCUCAGCAGACAAGUUUGGACAUACCAGUGUUUGACAGCAGUCAUGUGCGAUCCCAGAGCUAUGUCUCUCCCUGGAGCUCAGGGCUUGUUCAGCCUUUUCCACCCCAGCUCAACAUGCUGCAUGGUGUGAGAGAGCAGCACGCAGUGGCUUUUACCUGAGAUGCUGGAGUGCAGGAUUCCUGCUGGUUAUCCCUUAGCUCCCUGCAAAGCUUGAAAGCUUCGGCGACCUGCCCUCACCCCAGCAAAAUUCUCAUAGAAUUAAAGCAAGUAAUUUAUAUGUGUGAGUGAACUUCAGAUGUGUUAAUAGUAAAAUGUGUACAGUACCUGUUAUAUGUACAUAUAUAUACACACCCCGUGCUGUCUAUCUUGUUUGACUGUCCAAGGGCAUCACGUUCAUCACAGGUCCCAAUAAAAACAGUCAAAUGAGGCAUGCAUCUUUUUGUAUGUCGUCUUUUGUACUUCAGUAACAUCAACUUCAGCAAGAAUAUUGCUGUGGUAUACAAAUAGUUUUUCAAGUUGCUCAGUCUUCAUUACUGUAUGUAAAAAUAGCUCUAAUAAACCUAUUUUAUUCUUA